AGUCCACAGUCCAUUGGUCACACUAAUACAUCAGUAAGCUUCAAAGCUUCGUACUAUGAAGUAGCAUCUUUACAAAAACUAGACACCAACAUUAACAAGAUAUUUAAGUCAACCAUUUAAAACAAAUUAUGAGACAUAAAUUUAUCUUCAAAACGACGUUGUUGUUUUUAAUAACGGCAAGCGUGGUUUUAUCGUUUGAUUCAACAUCAAAUCAGGAACAAAAUAACCAACAUAAAAUUCAGAAAAGAGCGUCACAAAAACCGGGAUUUUUUAAAACGUUAUUUUCAGUUAUCUAUGAGCAAUGGGCUGAUACAAAAGACACAGUUAACACAGUGUCGAAAAUGGUUAACGAAAAUAUUAUUGACGACAGGGAAGCUGCUAGACGCAAAGCCAAAACAGAACCUCCUCCAACAAACGGAUCAACAACAGAAGCACCUUAUAUGUUAACAAGAAGCGAAUUAAAUAGAAUUUUAAGGAGGAAUUUAAAGGGGUUAUUAAGACUUUAUAACAUAGAAUUGAACGACGCUUUAAAGACUUCUUAUAGAAACAAUAAAGAAUGGAGAAAAAAUGUUUCUUCAGAAGUAUCUAAAUAUUUAUAAAUCAGACGAGAACGGAAUUAUAUUUGCUCAAAUUUUGUAAAUUUCUUUGUAAAUAGAACAAUUAGAAAGAUUGUAAAUUAUUAAUAAAAAAACUUUAACAAAAGGAUGUAUAAAUGGAUGUAUAACUGGUUGCUUGCA